AUGUCCUCCAAGCCCACCUUCGUCCUCGUGCCAGGCGCAUGGCACCGCACAGGGUACUUCGCCCAGAUCAGGGCUUGCCUGUCGGACCACGGGUACCCAUCCGUGGCAGUGACAACCCCGUCGGUGGGGUCCGACCCGCCAGCCACCUCGAUGGACGUCGACAUCGACGCCGCCGAAGCGGCCGUGAGGAAGGUGUUGGAUGCCGGUGACGACGUGGUCCUGCUCAUGCACUCGUACGGCGGAGGGCCCGGGUCUGAGGCCGCGGGGAGGAUCGCCGAGGAGUUGCUCGGGGGCGGCUGUGGUCCGGCGCAGGGGAAGGGCAGGAUCAAGAGGCUGGUGUAUGUUGCUGCGUUUGUCCCCAUCGAGGGCCAGCAGAUGGGGUCGCCGGCGUCGGUGAUUCCUACGUUCGUACCUGAGUAUAUGGACAUUAACAUGGAGACCGGAAACACCAAAUGCAACGAGACCGCACUGGAGUGGAUGUACGCAGGCCUGCCAGAAGAGGAGCAGCGAAAGCAAUUGGAGGCGACCUCCACACACCCACUCGCAACGUUCCUGGGACCACACAAGCGCGCUGGCUGGAGAUAUAUACCCUCCACUGCCGUGUACGCCACCAAAGACAAGCCGCUACCCCUGCCGUUUGUGGAGUUCAUGGUGAAGCGCGCCCAGAAGGAGGAGGCCAGGGAGGGCGGUGUCCAGGCCUUCACGGGGGAGCUGGGAGAGGUCUACAUGGACUGUGGGCACUGCGCCAUGUUCUUGGUGCCUGAGAAGGUGAAGGAGCUGGGCAAGAUCCUGGUGGCUGCUGCAGAGGAGUCGUGA